CUCCCCAAUAGCUGGGACUAUAGGUAUGCAUCACCACACCUGGCUAAUUUUUUGUAUUACAGUAGAGAUGAGGUUUCACCAUGUUGCCCAGGAUGGUCUUGAACUCCUGAGCUCAAUCUGCGGGCCUCGGCCUCCCAAAGUGCUGAGAUUACAGGCAUAAGCCACCACUCCCGGCCUCCAGUUUAACCAUUUUCAAAUGUACAAUUCACUGGCAUUUAAAGCAACCAUAGUGUUGGGCAACCAGCACCCCAAAAUUCCACUUACUCUUCAACCCUUCAAUACAGGAGUCCACCAGGUGCCAGCCGCUCUGCUGAACACACUUACACACACGAGCUCAUUUCAUCUUCACAGAAAACCUAUGAGGUUCGAAUAUUGUUACCUUCUACAGAUGAGACUACUGAGACUCAGAGAGGUUUGGUGCCCCAGCUAAUACCUGGGGGUGCUAGGAUUCCACAGUCCACUUCCUCUAGAGGCUGAGGCUUGUCUCUUUGCCACCUCCGUCUCACCAGGGCCUGGCACGUUAUAUGAUUCCAGCCCAUACUAGUUCCAACCUCUUUCUCCACAUCAAUUUCAGUCAGUGGGCACAGAUCACGCAAGGACCGGAUGAAAAAGUGCAGCACUGUUGAUCCCACCCAGGCUCAGUGCGGCCCAUAUGAUCUUAGUCUGCUUCCAGAGGAGUGCACCCCCCACUGGGGGAGGCAGUGAGCCUGCUCUGCACGAGGAUCAGACCCAGGCUGGGACCCUCAGCCUCCAGUUCCAGGGACCACACAUCGUAAGGAUUAUUGACCAUCCAGGAAAAGCCCAGAAGAUGGCAGGAUGAUGACCAGGAUGGAGGGGUUCUGGAGGGAGUACUGUCUUCAACCUUCAAUUUCAAGGAUCAUCAGGGACAGAUGACAAGAACCUGGGCUCCUCUAGCAGACCAGGGGAGGGACGUGACCGGGAGUCAGACUUGGUUCAAAAUUAUAUGUUUCCAGUAAUCAGAGAAGCUGAACAGUAAGAAAAGAUACUUUAAGAGACAGUGAGGGCCAGGAAUGGUGAUUCACGCCUGUAAUUCCAGCACUUUGGGAGACUGAGGCAGGCAGAUUGCUCAGCAGUUCGAAACUAACCUUGGCAAUGUGGCAAAACUCCAUCUCUACAAAAAUACAAAUUAGCUGGGUUUGGUGGUGCACACCUGUAAUCCCAGGUACUCAGCAGGCAAAAGUGGGAGGAUCAUUUAAGGCUGGGUGGCUGAGGUUACAGUGAGCCAAGUUAGAGCCACUGCUCUCCAGCCUGGGUGACAGAGUGAAAUCCUGUCUCAAAAAAAAAAAGAGGGAAAGAAAGACAGAACCCCCCGCCAAAAAAAAAUUGAUAAGAAACUUUUAGGAAAGGGAAAAUUUGAAUAUAAACUGUAUUUAAGAUGACAUUGUUGGUUGGGCAUGGUGGCUCAUGCCUGUAAUCCCAGCACUUUGGGAGGCUGAGGUGGGUGGACUGCUUGAGCCCAGGACUUCAAGACCAGCCUGGUCAACAUGGCAAAACCCCAUCUCUAUUAAAAACACAAAAAUUAGCUGGACAUGGUGGCGGGCACCUGUAAUCCCAGCUACUCUGAAGGCUGAGGCAUGAGAAUCGCUUGAACCUGGGAAGCGGAGGUUGCAGUGAGCCGAGAUCAUGCCACUGCACUCCAGGCUGGGCGACAGAGCAAGACUCGGUCUCAAGAGAAAAAAAAAUGACAUCGUUGAAUCCAUGUAAAUCUUCUUGGACUGAGGAUGGUGUUUGGCCAAACAGGAGUACACACGCCUGCAGUAUCUAGGAAAGUCAUGAGCUGCUGUUUACCUUCAAAUGGGUCACUGAAAGUGAGUAUGUGUGUGUGUGCGCGUGUGCACAUGUGUGUAUGGAGAAAGCACGCACACAGAUAAGGUAACAUGUAUUCUGGACAAUAUCAGUGAGGGGUAUGUGAUGCCCAUUAUACUACUACUCUGAAGUUUGCAAUUUCCUACAAUAGAAAGUUGUGGGAAGCGGAAAUACAGAACAAAAGGGGGAUGGGGAGAAAGAACUAUUUUUUGGCUGUGUUUUUUAAAUUUACCUGAUAAGGAUCACAUGGGUGCUCAUUCAACUUCCAGGUACAGGUAAGCAAGGUAAAUUACAUGCACAAGCACACAUAUGCACAUGCACACUCAUAUACACAAACGCAUGCACUCAUACACAUACAUAUGUGCCCAUGCACUCAUGCACACAUGCACUCAUACGCACACACAUACAGGCAUACACAUGCACUGAAAUGCAUGCACACACACACCAACACGCACACGAAAACACACACUGUUGCCUCCAGGGAAAAAGCUUCAGAAGCCAUCUGUUUCUACAUCCUGCUUUUAUACGUGGAUUCCAAAACUCUGUUCUUCUAAACCCAGGGACAAUCCUGUUUAGAGGCUGGCCGAGGAGGUGGGGGACAGAACCGCUGGGACCCAAAGAAUCCAAUAUGCUUGAACUUGAUGCCAGUGUCAGCCUUGACGCUCUCACCCAGACAGCAGAAGUGGCGGCUCCUCCACCUGUGCCCCGACAGUGCCACCAGAAUAACGUCUGCCACCCUCCCUGCCUGUGGCUCACCUGAACCCAGAACCGUGCCCCCUGCACGCACCUGACACACCCAGGUAAUGUCCCCGUUUGUGUUAUCUCUUGCUUUAUAACAAAUAGCCAUUGUAUUAGUUCUCAUGAUUCUCUGGGUCAAGAAUGUGGCCAGGACACACACACUGGUAACUGCCAGGGCUGGACCCUCCAGGCUGGCUCAUUCAUUCUCAGGUCUGAUGACGCUCAGGCUGAGAUGGUUGAAAUGGUUUGCCAAGGGAGCCUCAGGUCUCUCUGCCACCCUGUUCCCUGCUUCUCCGUCUCCAUGUGGCCUCUUCAUGGGUCUCUCUGGAUGACGAAUAGGCAACAGGAAGGAAGGAAGAGCUGCCAGAUCUCUCAGGCCUGGGUGUAAGCACCCCUCCUGCAUCUGGAACCCCUGGCACGGUAACCUAGGGAAAGGCUCACACUUCUCACUCACUCCACCACCUGGCCUACCUCAGUGACCUCAGAGGGUCUGCUGAGCCCGGGGAUGGGCAGUCAUCCCUGUCCCCUGCCUGUCCUGGAGGCACACUGGAAAGCCACCAAUGGGCCUCUGUAGCGGCAAGAGGCAGGAGAGAAGCACCACUGCAAUGCAGCCGUCACUCUUGGUGACUCCAGCCCUUUCCAUCCUCAGCCCAUCCAUCCAGGUUUGGGUCCUGCAAGCCAAUUCUCAAGUUUGGCCCCAUUGAUAAGAGCCAGAGGCACUGCUGUUUUCAUUGUGGCCAUUUUAAGGCAAGUCAAGAGUGAUUCAGGCUCUUUCUGUUGGUAGAAGAUUGUGAGGAAGACGGUGUGGCAGGUGCUGUGAGACGCUGACCUCGUAAGUGUUGUACGAAUCAUUCAGACGAAACUUCUGUUUUGUUCUAUUGGUCAAAGCCAACCAUAGGCAUGCCCGGAUUCAAGGGAAGGGAUAUGAGUCUACCUCAGCCUGCUCCUGACUCAGAGUUCUGUUUGCCUCAGAACUCAGCUACUCUCCCUUGGGAUUCACUAUAUCCCAACAGCCUCUAUGCCUCCCGACUCGUGGCAAUCACCCACUCACUCAUUCAUUCAUUCAACAAAUAUUAAUUGAACAUCUACCCGUGCCUGAUAGUAUGCUAGUCACUGAAUAUGUAGCAGUAAACCAGGUGGCAUAAGACUGUCCCCAGGGAGCCUCCACCCUAAGGAGGGAGACAGAAAAUCAAGACAUAAAUGAGGAAACUCUACAUGAUGGUCAGGCAUGAUAUGCUGUGAUUCCAGCACUUUGGGAGGCUGAGGCGGGAGAAUCACUUGAGCCCAGGAGUUUGAGUCUAGCCAGGACAAUAUAAGAAGACCUUGUCUCUAUGAGAAAAGGAAAAGGCUAGCUGGGCAUGGUGGCACGUGCCUGUGAUCCCAGCUACUCGGGAAGCCGAGGUGGAGGAUCACUUGAGACCAGGAGGUGGAGGCUGCAGUGAGCUUGCUACUGCACUGCAGCCGCUCCAGCCCGGAUGAGGUAGUGAGACCCUGUCUCAAAAACAAAAGCAAAGCGAAGCAGAAAAGAUGGAUAAGGAGAGGCAGAGACAGGGUUGGGCCUGCAGUUUGAACUAGGAUGGUUAGGGGGUGUGGAACAAGCCAGCCACGUGGAUACCUGGGUAGGGGUGUCCCUGGUAGGGCAGGGACAUGUCCAAAAGUGGCAGCCAGGGCAUGGACAGUGUUCAGAUUGGGGAGGACAAGGGGAAGCAGGGGUGGAGGUGUAGUCAGAUGACUUGGGGGCCUAGGGAAAGACUUGGGGUUCACUCUGAGUGAGAUUAGCAGCCAGUAAGGGAUUUGGGCAGAGGAGCCACAGGAUUCGACUAGGGCCAGCAGGCUGAUGUCAGCUGUGGAUUCGUGCACCUGCUUUGACUGUGUGCAAAACACCUAUCUUCCUGGGUUAAACCGUUAGCAUUGGAGGCUAGAGCUGUGAAACUGAAUGUAGCCUUUCACUUAGUAAUCCCAUGCCUGGGGAGAGAAUUUAAUAAAACAGUAUUAUUCAGGAGUCUCAAGUUUUCCAUGAGAAUUAAAAAAAAACAAACAAACAGAGUUUCACCCUAGUUACAGCCCAGGCUGGAGUGUAAUGGCAUGACCUCGGCUCACCGCAACUUCUGCCUCCCAGGUUCAAGCGAUUCUCCUGCCUCAGCCUCCCGAGUAGCUGGGAUUACAGGCAUGCACCACCACACCCAGCUAGUUUUGUAUUUUAAGUAGAGAUGGGGUUUCUGCAUAUUGGUUAGGCUGGUCUCGAACUCCCGAGCUCAGGUGAUUCACUUGCCUCAGCCUUCUGAAGGGCUGGGAUUACAGGCAUGAGCCACCGUGCCUGGCCUAAUUUUGUGUUUUUAGGAGCGGAACAUAUAUUCCACUCCUAAUCUAUGUUUUCUGCUUUGCUUUGUUUUUGUUUUUGAGACAGGGUCUCACUACCUCAUCCGGGCUGGAGCGGAUGCAGCCUCCACCUCCGGGUCUCAAGCGAUCCUCCCACCUUGGCUUCCCAAGUAGCUGGGACUACAGGCACAUGCCACCAUGCCCGGCUAAAUUUUUUUUUUUUUUCUCAUAGAGACAAGGUCUUCUUAUGUUGUCCUGGCUAGUCUCAAACUCCUGGGCUCAAGUGAUCCUCCCACCUCAGCCUCCCAAAGUGCCUGACACACCAUGUAGAGUUUCCUCAUAUUUGUCUUUAUUACCUCCUAUCUCAACACCACAUUUAAUUCCAGCAGCAGACUCAGGUAGUAUCGCUUUAAAUGCAACGAGCUGAGCUAAUAUGGGAAGAAUUAGCUUAAUUUCUUAAUUUCGAGUUAAUUAUUACCCACCUAGCCCAUGAGGACUUGCACCAUCAGGUAAGUUCCUACAUCUAUGCCAUAAGGAGCAGUUGGGUUUCAGCAAAGCGUUCUCUUAUCUUAUCAAACUUGUUGGUUUUAACUCUGUGUUUUGAAGUUGUAUUUUGAUUUAAUUAGCAAUUUCAUUUUGAUUAUACAGUUAUAUCAUGUGUACCCCUUCUACUUAGUUUUAUGACCACAAUAUUAUAAUUAAACGUUAUUUAAUUCAACAGUGAAGGGCAGUGAAAUAACUAUUUUCCCUUAAAAGUUACCUGAGUGCUACUCAAGUGCGCACAACACUGCAAUAACUAACAGCGUGGUGCAUGGGGCGAUUCACAGCAGCCUUUCCAGUGCGCCACCUGCAGCCACCCACUCAGGAAGGGCAGAGCAUUCCUUGGCUGCCACAGGCAAUCAAGGUAUCAAACAGCUAGUUGUGACCUGCCCAGGCCAUUCAUGGUGGUCACCAGGGCUCCUCCGUGCACAGGCCCUGGCAGGAUGGUCCAGCCAGGAUUCAGGAAUGUCCAGUUCAUUUAUGCUGGUGGUGAGCACAUCACCGGGAACAGCACGCAGGGUUGUGUCCAAACUAGUUUUCUGGCUCUCAGGCUCAGGGCAUACACUCUCUCUCCUUCCUUCCUUCCUUCCUUCCUUCCUUCCUUCCUUCCUUCCUUCCUUCCUUCCUUCCCUCCCUCUUUUCUUCCUUUCUUUCUUCUUCCCUUCCUUCCUUCUUUCCUUUCUUCCCUUCCUUCCUUCUUUCCUUCCUCCCUCCCCCCUCCUUCCCUCUCUCUCCUUCCUUCCUUCUUUCUUUCCUUUUUUUCUCUUUCUUUCUUUUCUUCCUUUCUUUCCUUCCUUCUUUCAUUCAUUUUCUUUUUUUUGACACAGCAUCCUGCUCUGUUACCCAGGCUGUGGUGCAAUCACAGCUCACUGCAGCCUCGAUCUCCCAAGAUUCAAGCAAUCCUCCUGCCUUGGCCUCCCAAGUAGCUGAAACUACAGGUGUGCACCACCACACCCAGCUAACUGUUGUUUUGGGGGGGUUUUGUUAUUGUUUUUGUUGUUGUAGAGAAAGGAUAUCAUUUUGCUGCCCAGGAUUGUUUCAAACUCCUAGGCUCAAGCGAUCCCACCUGCCUCAGCCUCCCAAAGUGCUGGGAUUACAGGCAUGAACCACCACACCCAGCCAUGCACUCUUCUUUUCUUUCAUGUUUGUUUGAGAUGGAGUUUCUGUCUCGUCACCCAGGCUGGAGUGCAGUGGCAUGAUCUGGGCUCACUGCAACCUCCACCUCCCAGGUUCAAGUGAUUCUCCUGCUUCACCUUUCCAUGCAGCUGGGAUUACAGGUGCCCACCACCACACCUGCCUAAUUUUUGUAUUUUUAUUAGAGACAGGUUUUUGCCAUGUUGGCCAGGAUAGUCUCGAACUUCUGACCUCAGGUGAUCCUCCUGCCUCGGCCUCCCAAAGUGCUGGGAUUACAGGUGUGCACCACCACGCCCGGCCAUGCACUCUUGAUUAUCACUCCCACUCUCUGUCAUCAGCUCUCUACCAUCUCCUCCAAGUACCUUUACAGCUCCCCUGACUGGCAGGGCCACGAGAAGUUAACACCCCGGCUCCUCCACAUCACCCUGCCUCCCUUCCUAGUGUCUGCUGCUUAUGACACAACCUGCCUGCCUGAGCCAGGUCUGCCUAAUCCUGUUGCUUUCAUUCUUUCUUUUCCUACCAGCCAAGGGUAACGUGACAGGGGUUCCUGACCAAGCAGCUCUGCCCGCAGAAUCUCAUCUUUCUAUGGCGAGACCCUCAUCCAUAGUAGGUUACCAGGAUUCACCUGAGGCUUGCUCCCACGCCUGACUCAGUCAGUGCCCUUCCUGCUCACUGAUCCCCAAAUCCUGAGAAUCUGGGCCUUGAGGCAAACACUUCUAGAAUACAGGAAACCAAAUUAUAAACAAAGCUUCCGUCUCCAGCCUUUGCACUCAUCUCAACAGUUCCUGUGGGAACACGGGGAUCCCUCUGUAGAUGACAUGGUCUACUUUAAUGCCAACUACAUGAUUAAGUUCAACAAAUCCAACAUCCACUCCACUCAACAACUGUUUUCUGGAUAUUUGCAAUAUCUCAGGAGCUCUGACACACACGAGCCAGUGUAUCAGGACACAAUGGAGCGAUACUCCCAGAGGGCGGGAAUGCCACCUCCGCGUUAGACAAUGGUCUCCUGACUGUCGAUCAGUUCCUCUGUGGUGCUCCGAUAGAAUAAAGCAAAGUUGUGCAUGAAGCGCUGUAGGGAACGGCUGGGGUUCUUUAGCAAGAGCUUAAAUCCUCGGCCUGGAGAUGCGAGUGAGUAGUAGUGAAGUGUUUACUUUGGUGCAAUUCCAAAGAAGAAAUUCCCAAGUCCUUUAUGCUAGAAAUUGGGGAAAUGGAAUAACACUUCUAUCUUGUGGCCUUUCAGGGUAUUACAAGUGAAUUCAACUACCUGCUAUUUUGUGAUUCUGGGUACAAUUGAUCAGAUCUGGGCGAGAACUUGAGAGGUACUUUGAUUCCUUCCUCUGCCUUCACCCAGACGUGAAAGUCCCCUAUUAGCUCCACGACUUCCUCUUAGUAACUGUCCAGAGAGGUGAAGAGACUUGGCCGAGGCCACCCAGCUAAUACGCACAGUCUCAUACCUGAGGCUCUUGGAACCCACUUGUCACUCUCUAGGAAGGGAAAAAAAACUUCUUCAAAAACAAUCCGACCAAUUAUGAAAAAGACAAAAGCAGAGGAGACCCGGUAGAGACCGCGGAAGGACCCACCCUUCCCAGCACCUUCACUCAGCACGCGGUGGACACGACUGUCUCAUGCCCGGGGCGGCUGCUUCUCUGGGUGAUGGGACAUCUUUGGGGCACCCAGGAAAGCCCUGGGACCGAGUAGCUCAUUGCUUCCACCCGUUUCGGUUCAGGCCAGGUAAAUGCCUUUUAUUAAAAUACAUUUUAAACCUCUCAUGGCAGAAUGAACGUCCGCAGAGGCCAAGGGUGUGCGGGCCCGCGAGUGCUUGGAACCGCUCCCCGGAGGAGGCCGGAGAGAUGCCCGCAGCGCCUCGGGCAGUGCAGAGAGCAGAAGCCGCAGGCUGCUGGGACUGGGGCAAGCUUCCAUCCACUUAGGCGCUCAACAAAUAAUUAUCAGGCUCCUUCUACGUGUCAAAUCAAGCCCUUACACAGGGUCGACUAACAGCUUCUGUGCGGAUGGGAGGAGACCGGUGAUCACAAACAAGGAGUAAGAUCGUUUCUGAUAGGCCUGGGAUGUGGGGAGCGAUGAUGGAGCGUCUGCUCUCAGGAGAGACCUUGGACCCAGUCUUGAAGUGUGAGGAGUCGGUUGGAGAAGAGGGGAAAGGACAUUCCGAGCCGAGCCAGCUCCGGGUGUAGACGGGCGCGAAGCACUGGAGGUGGGAGGAAGCGCAACGUGGCGCCGCCCCGCUCGCUGCGCUUUUCUCCUUCCAGGAGGGGGCGCUGGUGCGCGGGCCUGGCCCGCCUGUUCCCUGGCAGCGCCGGUGGUUUCCUCCCUCCCGAGUCACCCCGUUCAGUUUAGCUUCUCCAAAGCUGCAAGGAAAGGUAAAGAUGAGCAGUGCCGGGCGCGGUGGCUCACGCCUGUAAUCCCAGCACUUUGGGAGGCCGAGGCGGGUGGAUCACGAGGUCAAGAUAUCGAGACCACCCUAGUCAACAUGGUGAAACCCCGUCUCUACUAAAGAUACAAAAAAUUAGCUGGGCAUGGUGGCGCGUGCCUGUAAUCCCAGCUACUCAGGGGGCUGAGGCAGGAGAAUUGCCUGAACCCAAGAGGCAGAGGUUGCGGUGAGCCGAGAUGGCGCCAUUGCACUCCAGCCUGGGUAACAAGAGCGAAACUCCGUCUCAAAAAAAAAAAAGAUGGGCAGUGAAGAAAGAGUAGAAUGGGGAGGGUGGAAGCCUAGCAGACUAGAGGUGCGUCCAAAGUCAUCACUCACAUCUCUUGUUUCAUUGUUCACGUAGGAGGCUUGUAUGUAUAUACAUAUUUUAAACUCUUUAUUAUGUAAAAUUUCAAUCUCAAACACAAUGAGAGAGAAAAGAUCCUUGACACCCAUGAUCCCCAUCACCCACAUCAACAACCACCAACUUUAGUUCUCAGUUCUACUCCCUCUUUUCAUUCGUUCAUUAAAAAACAAACAAAAACUUUCACCAAAGCCUUUAAAAGCAAAUCCAAGACAUUAACUCGCUUCUCCUGUAAAUGCCUCACAGUAUAUCUCUAGCAGGAUUAUUUCUUAAUUAAACAUCCACAAGACCAUUGUCAUAACAAACUAAAUAACAACCUGUUAAUAUAUUCUAGUUCUAUAUAUUGGUUUUUAAACAUUUUAUCUUCAAAAUAAUUCCAAACGUCCACAGAAGUCCACAGUGCACAGCUGGUGGUUCCAGCUACCUUGGAGGCUGGGUCGACGAUCGCUUGAGUUCAGCAGGUUGAGGCUGCCGUGAGCUAUAAUGGCACUAUGUGUUCCAGCCUGGGUGACAGUGAGACCCUGUCUCAAAAAAAUUGUUUUGAAAAAGGACUAACAAAUAAACCAUUCCUUAUGCUAAAGAAACAUAAAAGAUUGGUAAAAUAGGCUGGGCGUGGUGGCUCAUGCCUGUAAUCCCAGCACUUUGGGAUUUCCUGACCUGAGGUCAGGAGUUCGAGACCAGCUUGACCAACAUGGCAAAACCCCAUCUCUACUGAAAAUACAAAAAUGAGCUGGGGUGGUGGUGGACACCUGUAACCCCAGAUACUCAGAAAACUGAGGCAGGAGAAUCGCUUGAACCUGGGAGGCGGAGGUUGCAGUGAGCCAAGAUCGUGCCACUGCACUCUAGCCUGAGCAACAAGAGCAAAAAUCUGUCUCAAAAAAUAAAAAAGAAUGCCAGAAAAUAUAGCUUACUUCAAUAUCAAAAGCCACAAAGGAAAAUACACCAAAUGUUACAGUAGAACACUACUCAGCUAAGCAGUUGGAUUGGAGAAAUUUCUGUAAAUCCGUGCAGCUCUUACGAUAGUGUCAGAUCUCAAGAAUAAAGCACAAGAGACAUGACACAGGCAGUGACAUCUCUGUGGCAACCCGGUCAUCUCGGGGGGCUCUCCAUUGUCAUGUGACAUAUGCUUUCAGGGAUACACGCAUGCACACAGCCCCCCACAGCAACUCCCCAUCACCCAUGCAGUCCCAGAGCUGUGCCUUUAAAAGCAAACAUAGUUCUAUUUCAGUUUGAGUUUAAGAAUCUGCAGCUGGUAGAAAAGCUGGAAACAGAAAUGCCAGUUCAAAAGUGACUUUCCAUAACCCAGAAAAUGUACUUUCUCCUUUAAGUCCAGGUAGAGAGACAAGAUGUGUAUGGAGAAGAGGAUCUUCUUUAGUAAAUGCUUGAAAGUUUUUGUAUUUUUUAAAUGAUACUCAUUUUUUUUCCUCCCUUUCCCUUGAGCAGAUAAAUUCUCUUAACAUGACUAGUUCAUCUGCCUGGGUUGGAAUCCCAGCUACGUCACUUACAAACUGUCUAACUUCUCUGUAAUGUCCGUCUCAUUUUUAGGCUAAUAAUGAUAAUGCCUGUCUGAUUGUGUUGUAAGGAUUAAAGGAGUUUGCACAUACAAACACUUGGAACUGUGUCUGGCACGUAACAAUUUAUUUUCUUUCUUUCUUUCUUUUGAGGCACGGUCUCUCUCCAUAACCCAGGCUACAGCGCAGCAGCACAACCUUGGCUCGCCAUGACCGCCGCCUCCCGGAGGUCAUCCCCAUCAGUCAUCCCAGGUAACACAUUCCCACUAUAGAAUAUAGGAAGAUACAGAGAAGUUUGAAAACGGAUUCUCUGUCCAUGAAGCGCCGUGGGAUCCUCAUGCCCGGCUAACCCGAAACUCUAAGCCUGUUCCCUGGAAUCUUCCAUCUGGAUGGAGGAGAGAAAGUUGACCUGGAGUGAGGUGCAACAUAAGGACGACAUGUGCAUCCGGACCAGCUCUCCCUCGGAGAGCACAGGCGGCCUGAGGACUCAGGGCGGGCAGCCUGGAGGAGGUGUGGGCCCCUCGCUCCAGUGUCGUGUGUGCGGGGACAGCAGCAGCGGGAAGCACUAUGGCAUCUACGCCUGCAAUGGCUGCAGCGGCUUCUUCAAGAGGAGCGUGCGGCGGAGGCUCAUCUACAGGUGCCAGGUGGGGGCAGGGAUGUGCCCCGUGGACAAGGCCCAUCGCAACCAGUGCCAGGCCUGCCGGCUGAAGAAGUGCCUGCAGGCGGGCAUGAACCAGGAUGCCGUGCAGAACGAGCGCCAGCCCCGAAGCACAGCCCAGGUCCGCCUGGACAGCAUGGAGUCCAACUCUGAGCCCCGGCCGGAGCCCCUGGUGGCUCCCCCGGCCCCAGCAGGGCCCAGCCCACGGGGCCCCACGCCCAUGUCUGCAGCCAGAGCCCUGGGCCACCACUUCAUGGCCAGCCUUAUAACAGCCGAGACCUGUGCUAAGCUGGAGCCAGAGGAUGCUGAUGAGAAUAUUGAUGUCACCAGCAAUGACCCUGAGUUCCCCUCCUCUCCAUUCUCCUCUUCCUCCCCCUGCGGCCUGGACAGCAUUCAUGAGACGUCAGCUCGCCUGCUCUUCAUGUCCGUCAAGUGGGCCAAGAACCUGCCCGUGUUCUCCAGCCUGCCCUUCCGGGAUCAGGUGAUCCUGCUGGAAGAGGCAUGGAGUGAACUCUUCCUCCUCGGGGCCAUCCAGUGGUCUCUGCCUCUGGACAGCUGUCCUCUGCUGGCACCGCCUGAGGCCUCUGCUGCCGGUGGUGCCCCGGGCCGGCUCACGCUGGCCAGCAUGGAGACGCGCGUCCUGCAGGAAACUAUCUCUCGCUUCCGGGCAUUGGCAGUGGAUCCCACGGAGUUCGCCUGCAUGAAGGCCCUCGUCCUCUUCAAGCCAGAGACACGGGGCCUGAAGGAUCCUGAGCACGUGGAGGCCUUGCAGGACCAGUCCCAAGUGAUGCUGAGCCAGCACAGCAAGGCCCAUCACCCCAGCCAGCCCAUGAGGUUUGGGAAGUUGCUGCUACUCCUCCCGUCUUUGAGGUUCAUCACCGCGGAACGCAUCGAGCUGCUCUUUUUUCGCAAGACCAUAGGGAAUACUCCAAUGGAGAAGCUCCUUUGUGAUAUGUUCAAAAACUAGUGCAAGCAGACGUGAAAUGUUUCCAAGCACUCUGGAGAACGAUCUACUGAAGUGAAACAUUUGCCUACUCUUUGCCCCAGCCAUUCUGCUUGUAGGUAGGUGUGUGUACCCAGCAGAGAUGCUCACCAAAAGAUAUUGUAAGAAUAUUCAUAGCAGCUUUAUUCAUAAUAGCCCCAAACUAUCCAUUGAUGGUAGGAUGAAUUAACACAUUGUGGUACAUUCAUAUAAUGAAAACUAAUUUAAAAAGAAUGAAUUACGGAUACAUGUGACAACAUGGGUAAACAUGGGUCACAGACCUAAAAGUUGAAUGAAAGAAGCCAGGCCGAAGUUCCAUUUAUGCAGAGUUCAAGCACAGGCAAGAUUAACUGAUGGUGACCCAAGUUAGAAUAGUGAUUACUUCCAGGUGGUGGGGGAUUGAUUCUGAAGGGGCCCACGGGAGCCCUCUGGUGGAAUAGAAAUGUUACUGAUUUUGAUCUGAGCAGUAGUUUCACAAAUGUAUUCAUAUGUACAAAUUCAAUGAGCUGUGCACUUUAUUUUGUUAGACCUCAAUAAAAAAGU